UAGCCCACUGUAGACAUUGGUCAAGAUUUGUAUUGGUAAAAGUAAAUUAUAAGGAUAAACUACACGUACCAAUGCUAAAAAAUGAAUAGUAGAAUUAGGCUACCUUCAAGAUUUACCGAUUUUUAUAUGACAGUGAAGCUUGUUAUCCGCUAACAUCAGACUGGUACACUAGUUAUGAAGAAGCGGAAAACUCCAUGGGAAAUCUCUCCGAAACGGCUGACAAUGUAACGAUACAACAACGUAAUAUUUCGAUACACAAGACACUCGCAGAAUAUGUACGCAUAAUUUUCAUGUACUUAGUACACACGGGUGUAAUGGAAAUGUGUGUUGUGAACUGCUUGGGGUGUCAAAACGACUCCCCGGGUCAAAUGGCACAUAUGAAUGGGGGCUGCCUAACAUUUAUAGAGGAAGCUAUAGACCAAUAUGCCAUCGCUGUCAAACUGACUGUGCCAGAGUCGCAGAUGGUCUAUAUUGAAGAACAAUUGUAUCUACGUUUGGGAUUGCCUUCGAGAACAUUACCAACUCAAGAGAUUUUAGAUAUUCUAAAGUCAGAUCCGGAAAUCGAGGAUGAUCUGUUAACAGCCAUCGCGACGGGUGAACAAUCCCUGACAAUGACGUUAUUUAGUAUAAUUGAUCAAAUACUAAUCGGAUAAUUGAUGAAGAAACACAUGAACAAUGGGUGGUUGGUUAACGUAUACGUCUGUAAACAUGCGUC